GGGAGCGGAACCAGAGCAGAGUGUCAUUGGUUGUUGUGGUUGUUGUGAUUGUUGUGAAAUGUUCUCUCAGAAGUUCAGCAGUAUCGUGUUGGGACGGCACCACCUCAAACCUGCCUCCGCCCGCAGCCUGGCCCGGUGGGCCGCGGCCGGGAGCGGCUCCAGCCGGACUAAUGUGUGCAGGCAGCGGACCCGGCGGCUGCAGAGCAGCUCCGCGCUGCUGCACCCAGGUGCUCGGUCAGCCUCCAACACCACAGUGGACCCCGGCGAGGUGAGGAGGUUCCAGUUACUGGCCAACAAAUGGUGGGAUGAGCAGGGAGAAUUUGCAGCUCUCCACGCCAUGAAUGACCUGAGGGUGCCUUUCGUCCGGGAUAAUCUGUUGAAUGUGCACAGAGCUCACCAUCCCGGAAAACCGCUUGCAGGACUGAGAAUCCUGGACGUGGGCUGUGGGGGAGGCCUGCUCACGGAGCCCCUGGGUCGCCUUGGAGCCGACAUGUUGGGUGUAGAUCCAGUAGAAGAGAGCGUCAGCGUCGCCCGGCUGCAUUCCUCCCAGGACCCGGACCUGCGUGACCAGGUAUCCUACAGGGCCUGCACCCUGGAGGAGCUGUCGGAGGAAGAGGAGGAGCAGCAGCGCGCAGCCCAGUUUGAUGCUGUUGUGGCAUCUGAGGUCGUGGAACAUCUGGCCGACUUGGAAACAUUCGCAAUCUCCUGUAAUCAUGUGCUAAAGCCCGGCGGUUCAGUCUUCAUAACAACUAUAAAUAAAACCAACCUGUCCUACGUGCUGGGUAUCGUUGUGGCUGAGCAGCUGCUACGCAUUGUUCCCAGAGGAACACACGACUGGGAGAAGUUCAUCAGCCCAGAAGAACUGGAGCGUCUACUGGAGUCCAAUGGUUUCUCAGUGCAGUCUGUUCAGGGAAUGCUGUACAACCCCGUAUCUGGAGCCUGGAGCUGGACUGACAGCACCUCCAUCAACUACGCCCUCCACGCCGUCAAAAGGAGUGACAGCCCCGAGGACGGCAGCCUCUUCCCAGAGGACCGCGCUGAAGCCACUAACGGCUGAGCCCCUCUGGCUCGGGAAACGUGGACAAAUCAUAAGGACUCGGAUGUGUGGAUAGAGUCCUGACAUCUUACGGCCUGCUGUGAUGCAGCACAGGAGUUUGUUUAAGAAAGGAUGCACGCUGCCACCAGACAGAUGAGAUGUGGUUGAAAAAGGUUGCUCUAAGUUGCUGAAUUGUUAAAUAAAUGUUGAG